GACGUGUCGGCGGGCACGUCUCCACCAUCGCGACCCGCCCGCCUCGCGUCAGCCGCCCGGCCCCUACUUAAGGCGGCGGCCGCCUCCCCCGCCCCGCCACUCCAUCCCCAGCCGCGUUCGUGGGAGGACUCUCGCAAGUACAUCAUGUCUCUCAAGGAUCAGCUCAUCCACUGUGUCCACAAGGAGGACCAGAGUCAUGCCCACAAUAAGAUCAGCGUGGUUGGUGUGGGUGCAGUUGGAAUGGCCUGUGCUAUCAGCAUCCUGAUGAAGGACUUAGCUGAUGAACUUGCUCUUGUUGAUGUUGUGGAAGACAAGCUCAGAGGAGAGAUGCUGGAUCUCCAGCAUGGCAGCCUCUUCCUUAGGACACCAAAGAUUGUCUCUGGCAAAGAUUACAGUGUGACUGCACACUCCAAGCUGGUCAUUGUGACUGCUGGUGCCCGUCAGCAAGAAGGAGAGAGCCGCCUUAACUUGGUCCAGCGCAACGUGAAUAUCUUCAAAUUCAUCAUUCCCAACGUUGUUAAGUACAGUCCUGACUGCAAGCUGCUUAUUGUCUCCAAUCCAGUGGAUAUUUUGACCUAUGUGGCCUGGAAGAUCAGUGGCUUUCCUAAACACCGUGUUAUUGGUAGUGGCUGCAACCUGGACUCUGCCCGUUUCCGCCAUCUCAUGGGAGAAAGACUGGGCAUCCAUCCUCUGAGCUGCCAUGGCUGGAUUGUGGGAGAGCAUGGAGAUUCCAGUGUACCUGUCUGGAGUGGAGUGAAUGUUGCUGGCGUCUCCCUGAAGGCUCUUCAUCCAGACAUGGGAACUGAUGCAGACAAGGAACACUGGAAGGAGGUCCAUAAGCAGGUGGUGGACAGUGCCUAUGAGGUCAUCAAACUGAAGGGGUACACAUCAUGGGCUAUUGGCCUCUCUGUGGCAGAUCUAGCUGAAACAAUCAUGAAGAACUUGAGAAGAGUGCACCCAGUCUCUACAAUUGUUAAGGGCAUGCAUGGAAUAAAAGAUGAUGUCUUCCUAAGUGUUCCUUGUGUACUGGGCAAUACUGGCAUCACUGAUGUAGUGAAAAUGAUCCUAAAACCUGAGGAAGAGGACAAAUUAAGGAAGAGUGCAGAUACCCUCUGGGGAAUCCAGAAGGAACUACAGUUUUAAAUCUGCCCCAGCAGUUCAGUCUUUGCAGCUUAACGGGUUUAGUGGUUUGUCUUACAUUGCACUUUCCAAGUAGGUCAAAUCUUUCAAUGUACUUAUCUCAACUAGAACACACACACACAAA